AUGAAUAUUGAUGCUGGAACUAUGAGUCCUAUUGAACAUGGUGAAGUGUUUGUGUUGAAUGAUGGUGGUGAAGUUGAUCUUGAUCUUGGUAAUUAUGAAAGAUUUUUGGAUGUUACCCUUACAAGAGAUAAUAAUAUUACUACAGGGAAGAUAUAUCAAAAAGUCAUCAACAGAGAAGAUUGGUUGAUUCUUUAA